AUGUCGUCUAAAACUAGGUCAAAGAAGGAGCAAUCUUCAGAACCGCAGUCUCUGAUUCCAUCACUUCCCGAAGAAAUCAUCGUUGACAUCUUAGCGCGUGUAGGGAGCUGCUACUAUCCAAAACUCUCCCUUGUUUCCAAGCACUUCCGAUCACUUGUUACCUCCCAUGAGCUAUACGCAAGACGAUCAUUGUUAGGAUGCACGGAACACUCUCUCUAUGUUGUCCUCUGUAACAGAGAAAACGGUAAUUACCAGUUGUAUGCUCUCCGCCAGAAAGCCAACGGCAAUCACAGCUUGGUCCUUAUCCCUUCGCUUCCUAAACUGCCUCGCAAGGGAGGCUUUGUCGCGGUGGGGUCCAGGAUAUAUGUGUUUGGUAGGUUUAAGUCAAUUCCACAGAAUGCGAUAAGCAUUGACUGUAGAUACCAAACGGUGCACCCCCUGCCUAGCAUGAAUGUAACCAUGUCUGUUUCAGUUGCUGACAUCAUUGACGGGAAUAUAUAUCUAACUGGAUACUGUAGCAACCCAACGAAGAUGGUCAUGAUGGUAUUCAAUACAGAAACAGAAAUGUGGGAGCCUAAGAAGACAACGCCAGAGACAAUGAGUGGUUACCUGUGGGAGAAUGAGUGUGUGGUUAUGGCCGGUAAGAUGUACAUGAGUGAUCCUUCUUACAACUUUGUUUACGAUCCAAAAGAGAGUAAAUGGGAAACUGACAAGAUGCUGAAUAUGUUCAAGUGGAGGAAAGCGCGUGUCGUUGAUGACGUAUUGUAUUACUACGAUUCUGGUUGGGGGGUGCUGAGAGCUUAUGACCCAAAAGGGAGUAGUUGGGUAGUGGUGAAUGGUUUGGAAGAAUUGUUGGCUGAUGCGAGAUUUUCAGACUGGUCGUACACUGGGAGCUACGGUGGGAAACUGGCUAUGAUUUUUACGAAAACAACAGGUAGAACAGAAGUUAUCCGGUGUGCGGAGAUUUCGCUAGAAAGACGUCGUCAAGGAAAGGAGAUUUGGGGUAACGUUGAGUGGUGUGAUGAUGUUUUGGUUGGUGGUGAUUUUUACGUUAAAAAAACUCUAGAUGUUAUUGUUUGA